AUGUUGGAAAAUCAAAUGUUGUAAUUUUUGAAUUCAGACUUUUAACAAUUUACAUAAUUAGAUAAGCAGGAUAAGCAAGAUGAGAAUACUGAGACUGAAGUUCCAAAUACCUCUCAAAGACAAUUGAGAGUUAAGAGUUUUGAGGAAAAGCCUGCCAAUAAACCAUUAAAUUUGAUAUUCUAAAUGUUGUUGCAGAAGAAAACACAGAAAAGACAAUAAAUCAAAGUGGAUCCAAAAUCAAUACCUUUGUCUAUUAAUCUCUCUAUUCAAGUGUAAGAGUUACCAAUUAUACGUAAAAUUAUGGAGAAGAAUGAAUGGAAAAAGGCUCAUAAUUUUGAUGGAGACAUCUUAUGGUGCGGUCCUGAUAAUGUUCAAUAAGCCAAACAAUUUACUUACGAUUUUGCAAUGGUCUUUAUGAAUUUAUGCAUCAGUAGAAUUCCUGGAGCUAAACUUAUCUCUACAAAAAAGGAAACUACGUCAAUCAUGGCUAAAAUGAGAUAGUAUAAUAUGUGUCAUAUUAUAUUAGAUAUUUUCCGUCUAUUUAUAAUUUUUAUCCAAAAACCUACACCAUGCCAGAGGAUUUACAUGAAUUCAUUGAGGAUUUUGAAAAAAAGGAUGGCAUCUCCUACAUAGCUAAACCCGAUAAGGGAACUUAGGGUUAAGGAAUCUUCAUAGUCAGCUAAAUAGAAGAUUUAUUCAACAAUGGUGUCAAGGAUGUCUCCUAUAUAAAGAAAAACUAUAUUAUAUAAGAGUAUAUAAGCAAUCCCUUACUAUUGGAUGACAAGAAAUUCGAUUUUCGAUUCCUAUAUAAACGAAGAAGGCUUAGCAAGAUUGUGCACUGAAAAUUAUUAGGACAUCACAUCAAGUAAUCUCUCUAAUGUUUAUAUGCAUCUAACAAACUAUUCAUUAAAUAAAAAUAGUCAAAAUUUUAUUAUUCAUCCUCCAGAUUUCCAGAAAAUGAAUCUUGGAACUAAAAGAACUUAUACAUCAGCCAAAAAGACAUUGAUGAAAAUGGGCAUCGAUGUUCCCAAAUUAAAAUUGAGGAUUGAACAAACCAUUGUAAGAUUCUUAUAUGGAAUUGCUCCCUUUUUAUUAAAUUCAACCAGAGAAGUCUAUCAAGACAAGUGGGAAAAAGCUAAUUGUUUUCAUGUUAUUGGAUUUGAUAUCUUGAUUGAUAAAGAUCUAAAGCCUUGGAUUAUUGAGAUUAAUGCUAAUCCUAGUUUGGAGAUCACUUAAGUAGUUUAAAAUGCAAAUGGAAGUAAAAGAGUAGAGACAAGUUCAUUAGAUGCUUUUGUUAAAACUAAAGUAAUUGAAGAUGCUUUCAUUAUUGCAGUUAAAACACCUUAGGAAUAAAUUGAAUAGAUUGGUAAGGGGAAGUAUUGUAAUAGUUAUAAGAUGAUUAUUGACGGUUAACCACCUAUUGAGAAUUUAGAUUUGUUCUAUAAAUUGGUUGAUCUGUACAGCAAUCUUUGUGGAUUGAGAUAUGGCAAUUUGAAUUAAAUGAGAUUUUGCAGAUUGGCUAAUAAUCCUCAGUUGAUUAAUGAAUUGCUAAUAAAAUCAGAUUACGAUUUGAUUUACAAAAAAAUCUAGUUAAAAUCAUUAUAGACAGAUUUGAAUUUUCUGGGCUUCAUUGAAGCUAUCGAAUCUAUCUCGGAAAAGCUUUUGAAAAGGAAAGCUUCGAAUUAUACAUUAUAAAAGGCUGUGACCUAUGUUGUAAAUAUGGCUUUAAAGGCUCCUCAAUCAUAGUAAAGACCUUUGACUGCAAAAAGAUGA